AUGACGUCCUAUCCCGUGUGUUUAAUAGCAAUUCUAGCAAUAACAGGUGCCCAGGUGGCUGCAUAUGGACGGGGCAGAAACCAGAUGCCUGGCGCAAUGCCUGGUAGUGGUAUGUCGGGGAAUGGCGCUGCAGGUAAUAGAAUGCCAGGUGGAAACAUGAUGCCAUUAGGAAAUAUGCCCAUUGGCAUGAUGGGUAGUGCUGGAUCAAUGAUGCCAGGAAAUAACGGUGCUUCUGGCACAAUGAUGCCAGGUUCGAUGAUACCAGCCCCCGAACCAUCACAUCCGGGAGCUAUGCCCAUGAUACCAGGAGCUAUGCCCAUGAUACCAGGAGCUAUGCCCAUGAUACCAGGAGCUAUGCCCAUGACACCAGGAGCUAUGCCGGGAACUAUGCCAGGAUCAAUGAUCCCAGCCCCUGAACCAUCACAACCUGGAGCCAUGCCCAUGAUGACACCAGGAGCUAUGCCGGGAACUAUGCCAGAAUCAAUGAUCCCAGCCCCUGAACCAUCUCAACCUGGAGCCAUGCCAAUGAUGACACCAGGAGCUAUGCCAGGAAUGAUGCCAGGAUCAAUGGUCCCAGCCCCAGCACAAGGAAUGAUGCCAAAUGCCAUGAUGCAAGCACCGUCCUCUGGUGCUAUGUCAGGAACAAUGAUGCAAGCACCUGGGGCUCCCUCUGGAAUGAUGCCUGGUGGUAUUGCACCAGCACCUGAGCCAGCAUCGGGAAUGAUUCCCGGCGCCAUGAUGUCAGGACCUUCAUCUCCUGGUGCGAUUCCAGGAACAAUGAUGACAGCACCUGGAGCUUUCCCCGGAACAAUGCCUGGAAAUAUGAGUCCAGCUCCUGAACCAGCACCCGGAAUGAUGCAAGGACCAAUGAUGCCAUCAGCAUCAUCCCCAUCUGCAAUGAUGCCUGGUAUGGUGAUGCAAGCACCUGGAAUGACACCAACAUCUAUGAUGCCAGCCCCUGAACCAGCAUCUGGAAUGACACCAGGUGCUAUGAUGUCAUCUGCUCCAGCAACAAGUUCUGGUACUAUGGGACAACCUGCACCGUCUGGAUCUAUGCCAGGUGCUAUGAUUCCAGCUCCCGAACCUGCUCCGAUGAUGCCUGGAGCCAUGGGAUCUGCACAGAGUGGAAUGUCUGGAAGUAUGAUGAAUGGCAUGAAUGGAGGCAUGAUGCCAGGUGGAGGAAUGAUGAUGCCAGGAGGAGGAAUGAUGAUGCCAGGAGGAGGAAUAAUGAUGCCAGGUGGAGGAAUGAUGCAGGGUAAGGGAAUAGGACAAAGUGGAGCAGGAAUGAUGCAAGGAGGAGGAAUGAUGUCACCUGCUGAAAGCAUGGCGAUGCCAUCUGCAGGAAAUAUGGGCGCUGGUAUGGGAAUGGGUAUGGGUGGAAAUAUGGGAGGUGAAGCAUCGAUGCCAUCUCCACCUCAACCACCAGAGCCCGCUCAGCCUGCAGAAAUUGAAGGCAGUGAAGUAGAAGGUGUUGCAGCUGGUGGAGCUGCUGGUGGGGCAGGUGGAGCUGGACCUAAGAUGAUGGUUAUGGUAGGAGGAGGUGCAGGGGGUUCAAUGAUGUCCUCUGGAGGAAAAGGCGCUGGUGACAUGAUGGUCAUGACCCCAGGCAUGGGUAGUGGCAUGAAUGGUAUGGGACAAAACAUGGGAGGGACAGGUGGUAUGGGUAUUGGGCCCGGAACGGGGGGAAUGUCACCUAUUAAUAUGGGUAUGAUCAUGGCAGCUGCUUCCAUGAUGAAAAGAAUGAAUGCAGGACGUCAAGGCUCAAUGACGAUGCCAAUGAUUAUGCGCCCCCCAAAUAUGAUGAUGCCAUCUAUGAAUAUGAUUCCAAAUAUAAUGUCAACUCCUAAGACUAUGAUGAUGCCCUCUGGCAUGGGGCCAGGAAUGGGUGGAAUGAUGGGACCCGAAAUGGAAGGAAUGAUGGGAUCUGGAAUGGGAGGAAUGAUGGGAUCCAAAAUGGGAGGAAUGAUGGGACCAGCUAUGGGAGGCAUGAUGGGGCCCGAAAUGGAAGGAAUGAUGGGAUCUGGAAUGGGAGGAAUGAUGGGAUCCAAAAUGGGAGGAAUGAUGGGACCAGCUAUGGGAGGCAUGAUGGGACCCGAAAUGGAAGGAAUGAUGGGAUCUGGAAUGAGUGGAAUGAUGGGAUCCAAAAUGGGAGGAAUGAUGGGAUCUGGCAUGGGAGGCAUGAUGGGAUCUGGAAUGAAUGGAAUGAUGGGAUCUGGAAUGGGCGGAAUGAUGGGAUCUGGAAUGGGCGGAAUGAUGGGCGGUGGAAAGAAAGCAGGUCCAUCAAUGAAAUAUUGGUAAUAAAAGCACUCACAAAUCCAAGCCAAGAAGACAAUGAAAAUUGUAUAUUAUUAUUUUUCAACUAAAACACAAUAAAUGCUACACAAUCUCUUUAUA